UUAGACAAUCUUUCAUCUUCACUGUUCAAUAAUCCAGAUGUUUUAGAUUGCAGCCAUGCCUCUUCCAGACGUAAUGUACUGUGCCCAGCAAAUCAACAUCCCUCCCCAGCUGCCGGACAUCCUCAAAAACUUCACUAAGGCAGCCAUCCGUACACAGCCCAAGGAUUUGCUGCUCUGGUCUGCGGCAUACUUCAGUGCGCUGUCUAAAGGAGAGUGUCUGCCUGUCAAGAACAGGCUGGAGAUGAAUGUUGCCACCCAGAAGACAGACACUGGGCUGUCUCCAGGUCUACUGAAGAUUCUCCAUAAACAGCUAUCCCCCAGGCAAACAUGCAGCAAGGAGGAACUGCAGGAGAAAUGGAAGGGUCUGUGUCUACCCAUGGAUCAGCUGGAGACCCUGAUGUCGCUGGGAAGCUUUGGCUCAGACAUUAACUGGAUGGAGUUUUUUGCUCUGGGCUGCAGUGCUCUGGGAGGGACCCUUGUGAGUUCUCUAAAGUUUGCCUGUGAGAUCCUGACAGAGGAUGACGAGGGUGGCGCUGCGAGAAUCCCAUUCAACACCUUUGGCCAACUCUACAACUACCUGGCUCACCUGGAUGGGGACAUGCCACAGGAUCACAUUGACAACUUCCUCUGCACCCUACAGACACAAGCGGAACUCCAACACGGGAUGAUAAAACCUCUGGACUUUAUCCAUCGGGAUGAUAUGGACUCAACGCAUUCUGAUUCGACAGACUUUUCCAGAGCUGAAUAAGGACUAUGAACGAGAAAUUAUAAAGCACUAUGUUUAACAGGGAAAGAUGAACUUAACCCUAAAAAAUCUACUAAUGAGUGCAGGGUGCAGCAUGUGUAUGUUGCUGUGACGAAAAGAGAUAUCCAGCUAGAAACGCCUGCCACUACACUGUAUCUCAUGUAACUAAUGUGCUAGAAACACGGACAUCAUGCCAUCGACAUCACCCAAGGGAUGUCUUAAAGGGGGUAAUUUAGAUUUACAACACACCAUUAUCUUUAAGAUGAAAAAGCUCCAGGGCUGCCUAUGACAGGCACCUGUCAAUCAAGCUAACCCCCCCCAAAGUGUUUUUGUCUUUGAGCCUCAUUAUGGAACAAUGAUCUAUCUCACAAUCCCCACUGUGACACACAUUGGCAGAUGUAAAAUGAAUUAUUGAAACCUGAACUACUAGUGGAAAAAACUAAAUAAUUACUUUGUAUUUUGAAAGAGAAGUUGGAGGAGUGUCCCUCUGAUUUCAACCACAGACAGGGAUUUCUUGGAGCCAGUAUCCUGCAGCCAUUUGAGGAACUGCACCUCUGCAAGGGCUCCACCACUCUGCCUCACCAUUACAGCGAGGUUGUGUGUGUGUAUGAGGGGCCUCGUUUGCUUAACAGUAUAGAUUGUCUAAUUCUAUUUCAUAUUUUUGUGUAUUUAUUAAUAAUAAUGAUUACAGUCUAAUAGCAUGUGUGGAAUAUGCUAUUAAUACAUGAAGUUGAUUUGUCCAGGCUGUAUUUUGUAGUUUUUAC